AUGGAAGGAUAUGAAGAAGUAUCUGAUUUGAUUCAGAAAUUUAAGAAGGAUACUUAUGUUUUAAAUUGUUACAAAAGGAUAUACGAACUCAAUAAAUGUAAAAGUUAUAGGUCUAUCACGAUUAAAGAUAUACAAAAUAAAAUAUAUUACAAGAAAGAAAAAAAUAUAAAAAAAAAAAAAAAGGAAGAUGAAAAGGAAGAUCAAAAUGAAGAUCAAAAUGAAGAUCAAAAUGAAGAUGUAAAUGAAGAUCAAAAUGAAGAUCAAAAGGAAGAUCAAAAUGAAGAUGUAAAUGAAGAUGUAAAUGAAGAUCAAAAUGAAGAUGUAAAUGAAGAUGUAAAUGAAGAUCAAAAUGAAGAUCAAAAUGAAGAUGAAAAGGAAGAUGUAAAUGAAGAUCAAAAUGAAGAUCAAAAUGAAGAUCAAAAUGACGAUCAAGAUCACGAUCGAGAUCAAAAUGAUAAAAAGGAAUAUUAUUAUAAUAUUGAAUUGAAUGCUAGAACAUUAGGAAGAGAAACUUCAAAAGAUAAGAUACAUACAUUACAUGAAAACAAUAAUGAUGUAAUGAAAAAUAUUUUAAAAAGUAUAGAUAACAAACUAUAUAAAUAUACGAAUGAAGUUUUAGAAUAUUUUGAUGGACAGGAUAAAGAAACCUUAAAUACAAACUACAAAAUAAAUAAUUGUAUAGAGGCACAUUUAUAUAUUGAUAAUAUAUUAAUUACAAAUCAACAUGAUAUAAAAUAUAUAUGUAAAGAUAUUAAUAAUAUUGAAAAGUUAACACAAAGUAUAAAUAACAAAUUAACAAAUCGUAAAAUAAUCUUAGAACUUUUAAAUACAUAUAUUAAAAUAAUUAUUAUUACACCACAACUAAUUACAAAUAUAAUAUAUGGAGAUAUAAAUCAAGAAUUUAUUAAAAAUAUCCAUAUCUUAACAAAUAAAAUUGAAAAUUGUAAACAUUGUUUAUAUGAUAUUUAUCCAAGUAUUAAAUACUCAUAUAUAGAAUUAGAAAAAUUAAAAAAAAAAUCAGUAGAUCGAAUUUAUUUCUUUUUCCUUGAAAAAAUAAAUAAUAUAAAAAAUAAAAAUACCCAUAUUUAUAUUAUACAACAAAAUCUACUAACAUUUUUUGAAUUAAAUACUUUUCUUUUUAAUAACAACAGACAUGUGUAUAAUUAUCUUUUGAAUGAAUAUAUCCAUGUUAUGAAUAAAAAAUAUUUCCAUUUAUUUAAAAAUUAUAUAACGAAUAUGGAAAAAAAAAUAAAAAAUAAUAAAAAUUGUACUUUUAUAAAUAAUUCAAUUGUUGGAUUUACAAAUAAUUACCACUCACAAAUUGAAAGAAAUGUUAAUAAUAAUGUAAACGUGAAUAGAAAUAGAAACAUUAAUAGUAUCAACAUUAAUAAUGUAGACAUGAACAAUGUAGACAUGAAUAAUGUCGACAUGAAUAGUAUCAACAUUAAUAAUAUCAACAUUAAUAAUAUCAACAUUAAUAAUAUCAACAUUAAUAAUAAUAAUAAUAAUAAUAUUAUUUAUAAUAAUAGUUCUAGUAACAACCAUUUGGAUAUCAUAUCGUCAAAUAUAAACAAUGUAACUUUUCAAAAUGCAAAAAAAACCAUGAUGAAUUUUUUAGGAUUCAACCCUAAAAAUGAGAAUACAUGUAGUAACACAUAUGAAGAACCGGAUGAAAAUAUUUUCUCCUUAAAUGGUCGACAUAAGGUGUUGUAUGAUAUGUGUUACUUUAACAGAACAAAGGAAGAAAAAAAAAAUGACAUUAAUAUAAAUGAUAAUGGUAAUAAUAAUAAUAAUAAUAAUAAUAAUAAUGACAACAUUAUUAUUAAUAAUUAUAAUUAUAUUAAGAAUUAUAAUAGGAUAAACGAUGAACAAACUUUUGAAGACAAAAUAAAUAAAGAAUAUCCAGUGUCCCUAAUUUCAGAUUUAGACAAUUUAAUUUAUCCUUUUGAAGAAAUAUACAAAUCAAUAAAUAAAUUAUUUUUAGAUACUGGUUCUUUAGAAUAUUAUUUUAUAUUGAAUUUUUAUAAAGAUUAUGAAUCACCUGAUUUUUUAUUUUUAGAAAUAUAUUCCAAGACCAUAUCUCUGUGUUUUGAUUUUAUCUAUUAUUAUACUAUACAAACUUAUGAUGUUAUAUCUUUAUAUUGUGUAUAUAUUAUGAACCUGUAUUAUGCUUAUAUUAUGUAUAAAAGAAACAUCAUAACACUUUAUGUGUAUAUUCAAAGAAUUCAAACCUUUUUAUGGGAUAAAAUAUAUUACAUUGUUCAAGAAAAUUUGGAUUCCCUAAGUAAGAAAAGGUUAGAUGAGAAGAAAUACGUUUCCUUAAAUUUGAAUGCUAAGAUAAAUAUAAAUCAACUUGAACAAUAUCAAAAUAAAACAUGUCACAUGAAUAAUUGGACAUUUGAUAAGUGUGACAAUUCUAUAAAUGUUCAUAGUAAUAAUUAUAAAAAUGAAGAUAAAAACAUCCAAAGUCAAGGUAACAACGUGGAUAAUAAAAAUAAAAACAUCGACAAUCAAAGUAACAACGUGGAUAAUCAAAAUAAAAACAUCGAAAAUCAAAGUAACAACGUGGAUAAUCAAAAUAAAAACAUCGACAAUCAAAGUAACAACAUCGACAAUCAAAGUAACAACAUCGACAAUCAAAGUAACAACGUGGAUAAUCAUUAUAAUUAUUGUAUGAAUGAAAAUAUUGAACUCACAAAUAAUUUGGGAAUAUAUAAAACACAAGCAAAUAAAAAUACACAUCUUGUGAAGAUUAAAAAAAAUGAUAUAAAUAAUAAACAUAUGAACACGCAUCUGAAUAAUCAAGAAGAAAGAAAAGAUUCACUUCAUUUUUCAAGUAUUAUAAAAACACAAGAAGUACAUAGUGUUACAAAAAAAAUUACAGAUUUUUAUUCUUCUGUAGUUAUAUUAUCUAAUUUGUGUUUUAAUAUAGACACUUAUUAUAAAGAAAAAAUAGAUAAGCAAAAAGGAAAAGUUGGACAUCAAGAGGAAAAGCUCAAGGAAAAUAAAAAUCAACAUCUCAUGAAUAUGAAAGAAGAAGUUGAUAAAAUAGAGAUGGAUAGAAAAAAUUAUAAUGAUCAGAAAGGAUGUAAUUUAUUAGAUGGCGAAGGGGAUAAAAAUAAAUUAUCAAAUGGACAAUUUAAAGAAGAUAUAAUAAUGGAAAACUCAUUUGAUAAAAAUGUAAAUUUUGUAAAAGAUAAUGAGGGUAUAGAAAAAAAGAAACAUAAUAAUUGUAAUGAUGAUAAGAUUGGUAAUAAUAAUAAUAAUAAUAAUAAUAAUAAUAAUAAUAAUAAUAAUAUUUGUGCACAUUCAAAUGAGAAUAGUUAUUUAAACAAAAUAUAUGAUGAGAAUAUAUCUAUGGGAGACAAAUUAAAAAAUGAUAAAGAAGUAAAUAAUACAAGUAUAUCGGAUAAAAAUAAUUAUUUUUUAAAAUAUAAGAAAAUUAAUGAUUUGAUAUCAAAAUUUGAAGGAGCUAUUAUAGAUACAUUAAUAAGUAUAGAUAAUGAAUUGAUAUGUCCAAAAGAAAAAUUAUUAUUUUUAAUUAAUAAUUAUUAUUAUAUUAUUUAUAUAUUAAAACAAAAUAAAUUACAAGAGAAAAUAUGUACAUUUGAAAAAUUAUUAAAAAAAGAAAUAGCAACUUAUAUAGAAUAUGAAUUAAAUAUAUAUAUAAAAGAUAUUAUUUCAUUUGUAAACAAACAUGAAAAUAUAAUUAAUACAUUAAAAGAAGAUACAUAUAAUAAAAACAUAAAGAACAAUAAGAAUUAUGAUGAUCAAAAUUAUUAUUUAUCACAUAUUGAUAUUAUUUCUAUGGAAAAUAUAGCUAUUCAAUUUACAAAAAAUUGGAAACUCUUAUUUAAAAACAUAAGAAAUAAUAUUAUUACCUCAUUUAUAAAUAUAGACAAUGCAUUCAAUAUAUUAAAAUUAUUAAAUACUCAAAUCUUGUUAUACUUUACACGUUUCUACCGAUUAACCAAAAAAAUAUUUUCUAAUAUACAACCACCUUUAUAUAUACAAAACCUUCCAUCCGUUGAUGUUAUCAUGAUACAAAUUAAGAAAUAUACAAAGAAUGUCGGUACUUAA